AUGUCGAGCAACCGGCGGGUCAAGAAGGCGUCCUUCGCCGACACGGACGUCGAAGUCGAGGGCAAGCGGGGCUCGGCAAGUGACAAAAGGAAGAGCAAGCUGAGUCUGGCACAGCGGACAGCCAGAAAGCUGAAUGAGUACCUGAAACGAAGUGACAGCACCUCAAAGGGAGGCCAUGAGGGGCAGGAAUUCAGGAAGGAGGUCCUUGGGGCCACAGUCGUUGCAGAAUCGGGGCAGAUGAUUGGCAGCCGCAGGGACAAGAUCCAGCUGUUCGAAGAUGACCUUUUCAAUGCUGAUGCAUUCUCCAGAGCUGCAAUGGCGAACUUGACAGAGAAGGCUCUGGACACGCUCAGAGGGGACCUCACAGCCCUUCAAGAGCACUGCGAAGAGGAGGUGCACAGGGUGGUUCAGAGCAACUACCCGGCCUUCGUACAGGCCUGUGAGGGCGCCGCAGACCUGGAGGCCCAGUUUCAACAGGUGCGCUCGCAACUGACCCACUGGUCGGCCAUCAUCUCGGACCUCAAGCAGGCAGUGCAGCCAGCGUCAGCCAAGUUCGGGCCCACGCUGUCCAAGUCGAUCUCCGAGGCAUCCCUCGGCGACGGGGGUGCGGCACUGGGGCAGCUGGACUCGCUAAGCAGGGAGGUGCCCUUCCUUGCAGAGCUGCUGGACGAGCUGGACAUCGGAAUCGCAGAGCGGGACUUUGUGGCGGCGGCCAAGGCCCUGGACAGGGCAGACAGCACCAUCUCUGAGGAAGUCGACACUGGCAACGUUCCCAGCACGCUGCGCUCCGUGCUGGAGGAGCGGCGGCAGCAAGUGGUGCAUCUGCUGGAGCUGCAGCUACAAGACCCCACCUUGGGGGCAUCUGGGAAACAGGGCGUCCUGCGCGUGCUGUCCGGAGUUGCAGGCAAUGUGCACGCUGUGCGCAUGAUGCUCUCCACCCACACCAAGCUCCUUCGCCAACAGCAGCAGCAACUCCUAAAGCCACACAGGACAGGUGGCAGGGACUUGGACAGCACGGAGUAUGCCUGCGGGCUUUCCCAGUGUGUCUUUGUCGCCAUAAAGCACGCUGCAGAUGACGUGCGCUCUGUCUUUGGACCCUCCGCCAUGGCGCUGUCGGGGUUGUUGGUGGUGUGGGCACGUCAGGAGGUGCGGGUGUGCGCACAGCUAUGGAGGCAGCACGCCUUUUCGGGGCUGGCCGGCCCCACAGGCCUGGCGUCGACCCUCAGGUGCUUCGCAGUGGUUCUGGUGUAUGCCAUGGCACUUGAGGACGUGCACCAGAUGAGCGUGGUGGAGAUGGUCAGGGAGGAACUCUGGCCUGAAGUGGACGGUGUCCUGCAACGCCAUAUCCAGUUGGUCGCCGACCAGGUGUCCCAGUGCGUGGCUGAGGAUAUGGACGCCAUGCUUGGCGGCGUCUUCAACUGGACGGAGAUGCACCGCCCCACGGCAGGCCCCCCAGCCCUUCUGCCCAGUGGCCGCUUCCUCCUUCAGCAGGUCUGCUAUUACUCUUGA